AUGGCUAUGAUACAGCGCGUCUCGUCCAUGGACGCCAUAAACACCUGGAGAAGCCGGUCUGUCUCGCCUGCUGCCAGCGAGCGCCGCAAACUCAGCUUCAAUCCGGUCCAAGCAGGCGCAUGGGGCCCCGCUGCCCAGGAGGAGCUGGUCCCCGCCUUUGAGGUGUCCAAGACCCGCCGCAUGUUGCAGGUUUUCGCCGCCGUCGUCUACUGCUUGCUAGCUGCUGGCAUUGUCUUCGGGUAUGCCGCAAUCAAGCCUGUCCUGAUCGCUCAGGGUGUAUACAGAGAUCGCUGUACCGAUGCGGAGCUGGACAAGGGCGUAAGAGUGUGCUAUGAACAGGAGCUGAGGCUUAACUUCAUGUUCACCGUGGCCGCCGUCUCCACCAACGUCUGCGCUCUGCCCGUCGGCACCAUCCUCGACCGCUUCGGUCCCCGCGCCAGCGGCCUGAUUGGAGUCUUAUUCCUAACCAUCGGUGCCCUUUUCUUCGCCUUUGCUGCUGAUCUUUCCUUCGAUGGGUACAUCCCCGGCUAUCUCUUCAUGGCUUUGGGCGGCCCCUUCGUCUUCAUCUCUUCCUUUCAGCUGAGCAACACCUUUCCCCGCUACUCGGGCCUCAUUUUGGCCCUGCUCACCGGCGCAUUCGAUACUUCGUCGGCCCUUUUCCUCUUCUACAGGCUGCUUUACCAAGCCACUGGCGGCGACCUCACCCCCAAGAAGUUUUUCCUCAUUUACCUGGUCGUGCCUGUAUAUAUCCUUAUUGUACAGAUCACCCUCAUGCCCAGCAAAUCUUAUGAGACCGUGGGAGAACUUGCUAGCCGCGCCGAUGACGCUGCCGCUGACUACCACGACUCGGACGACGACAUCCUCGAGGAGUCAAUUGUGCAAAGGCUGCGCAACGAUCGUCGUGCUCGUCGAGAGAGCCUUGCUAGCGAGAUCACCGCACUGUUGGAUGGAAAGGACACCUCAACACGCGCCGAAGAGGAAGAGAAGAAGAAGGAAAACAGCGGUGUUUGGGGAGCCCUCCACGGAAAGACGGCUGCCCAGCAGAUCCUGACUCCCUGGUUUAUUCUUAUCACCCUCUUCACCGUCAUCCAGAUGACCCGCAUCAACUACUUUGUCGCAACCAUUCGAUCGCAGUACGAGUAUCUCUUAGGGGACUACCACAAGGCGGUCAGGGUCAAUUCCUUUUUUGAUGUCGCAUUACCCCUUGGCGGUGUCAUCAGCGUGCCCUUCAUUGGACUCGUGCUUGACAACACCAGCACCCCGUUCGUGCUGGCGCUGCUGGUCGUCUUUGCCACCACCAUUGGCGUUCUCGGUGUAAUUCCUGAGCUAUGGGCAGCAUAUGCCAAUAUUUGUCUCUUCGUGGUGUAUCGUCCAUUCUAUUACACCGCAGUGUCAGAUUAUGCCGCCAAAGUCUUUGGUUUCGCCACUUUCGGAAAAGUGUAUGGCUUGAUCAUUUGCCUAGCCGGCCUCCUUAACUUUCUCCAGUCCGGCCUUGAUGCCCUCACGCACCGCGUCUUCCACAAUAACCCCAUUCCCGUGAACAUCAUUCUAAUGAGUGUCGCAUUCGUGAUCGGUCUAUCUCUCGUGGCAUUUGUCACCUGGAAGAGCAAGGUUAUACACCGCGAGCGUGUCGAAGAGGAUGCCGAAGACGCACGCGAGGUCCUCAUGCCUGGAGCUGAAAUGGGUUUUGAGAACAUCGAUCAUGCAAACGAUAUCCAGAAUGGAGAUGGAGGAAGUCCUCGCCUAGGGAGAACCGGCUAUGGAACCUUGGACAGAGGCGUAUGA